AUGGAACAGAAAGGUUUGUUGUUAUCAGCGCUCAGCGUUGGUGUUGGAGUUGGAGUCGGUCUUGGUUUGGCUUCUGGACAAACCAAAUGGGGAGCUAAUGCCCUCGCCUCAAACGCCAUCACACCCGAGAAAAUGGAACACGAAAUGCUUCGACUUGUUAUUGAUGGCAGAGAAAGCAAUGUCACUUUUGACAAUUUCCCUUAUUAUCUCAGUGAGAAGACACGGGUGUUGCUGACAAGUGCUGCCUAUGUCCACUUAAAGCAUGCAGAGGUUUCUAGACAUACACGGAAUCUCGCUCCUGCAAGCCGGACUAUUCUGCUCUCAGGGCCAGCCGAACUUUACCAACAGGUGCUUGCGAAGGCUUUAGCUCACUACUUUGAGGCCAAGUUGCUUCUGUUCGAUGUAACUGACUUUUCUUUGAAGAUUCAAAGUAGAUAUGGCUCUUCCAACAAGGAAACGUCUUUCCAAAGAUCUACUUCAGACACAACUUUGGCUCGGUUAUCUGACCUAUUUGGUACAUUUUCAAUGUUUCCACCAAAAGAAGAGAAUAAAGUUGCAGGUAGAAUGCAAAAGCAAAGCAGUAGCGGUGACCUUAAACGAAUGGAGGCGGAAGGAUCUUAUGCUCCUACUAAGCUUCGUAGGAAUGCAUCAGCCUCUGCAAAUAUCAGCAGCAUUGGUUCGCAAAGCAAUUCUACAAGCUCAGCACCUGGGAAGCACCUGGUCAAUUGGUCUUUUGAUGAAAAGCUUCUUAUACAGACUCUUUACAAGGCUCUAGUUUAUGUGUCAAAAACCUAUCCCAUUGUUCUAUAUGUGCGGGAUGUUGAUAAGCUGUUGUGUAGAUCACAGAGGAUAUGUAAACUAUUCCAGACAAUGUUAACGAAAUUAUCUGGGCCGAUUUUGAUUCUUGGUUCAAGGGUUUUGGAUUCUGGUAAUGAAUGCAAUGAAGUGGAUGAGAUGCUUAGCCCCCUCUUCCCUUACAACAUAGAAAUCAGCCCACCAGAAGAUGAGUCUCGUCUUGUCAGCUGGAAGUCUCAAUUUGAAGAGGAUAUGAAGAAGAUACAGAUUCAGGAUAACAAGAAUCAUAUCAUGGAAGUGCUUGCAGCCAAUGAUCUCGAUUGUCAUGACCUGGGUUCCAUCUGUGUGGCAGACACAAUGGUUCUCAGUAACUAUAUAGAAGAGAUUGUCGUGUCAGCAAUUUCUUAUCAUUUAAUGAAUAACAAAGAGCCUGAAUACAGAAAUGGGAAACUGGUUAUUCCAUGCAAUAGCUUGUCCCAUGCUCUGGGUAUAUUCCAUGAGGGAAAACUCAGUGGAAGAGAUACAUUAAAACUAGAAGCUCAAGCAGUAACAUCCGAGAGAGAGGAAGGAGCUGUUACGAAACCCGAAGAAAAGUCUGAUAAUCCUGGUCCUGGUAUAAAAACUGAAAAUCCUGCUCCUGCUAUAAAAGCUGAAACAGAAAUACUAACUUCGGUGGGCAAAACUGAUGGUGAAAAUUCAGUUCCUGCAACCAAAGCUGAAGUUCCUCCCGAUAAUGAGUUUGAGAAGCGAAUAAGGCCUGAAGUAAUACCAGCAAACGAAAUUGGGGUAACAUUCUCCGAUAUUGGUUCCUUAGAGGAGACUAAAGAGUCACUUCAAGAACUAGUAAUGCUUCCCCUUCGAAGGCCAGACCUUUUUGAUGGAGGCCUUUUAAAGCCUUGUAGAGGAAUAUUGCUAUUUGGGCCGCCUGGAACAGGAAAAACAAUGCUGGCAAAGGCAAUUGCAAAUGAGGCUGGAGCAAGUUUCAUUAAUGUAUCCAUGUCUACCAUCACUUCUAAAUGGUUCGGUGAAGACGAGAAGAAUGUCCGUGCUUUAUUCACACUGGCAGCCAAGGUCUCUCCAACUAUCAUAUUUGUUGAUGAGGUGGAUAGUAUGCUUGGGCAGCGGACAAGAGUCGGGGAACAUGAAGCCAUGCGGAAAAUAAAGAAUGAAUUUAUGGCCAAUUGGGAUGGACUUACCUCAAAACCAUCGGAUCGCAUCCUUGUCCUUGCUGCAACCAAUAGGCCCUUUGACUUGGAUGAAGCAAUUAUUAGACGAUUUGAAAGGAGGAUUAUGGUUGGGCUACCGUCUGUGGAGAACAGGGAAAAUAUAUUGAGGACCCUUUUGGCUAAAGAGAAAGUGGACCAUGGCCUUGAUUUUAAGGAACUUGCAACUAUGACAGAAGGAUACAGCGGAAGCGAUCUAAAGAACUUAUGUACAACCGCUGCUUAUAGACCUGUUAGAGAGUUAAUUCAACAAGAGAUGAAAAAGGAUUUGGAAAAAAAGAAGAAAGACGCCGAAGGACAAAAUAUCCAAGAUGGUCAUGAUGCAGAGGAGGAAGUUAAACAGGAAAGAGUUAUUACCCUUAGGCCUUUGAAUAUGCAGGACUUCAAAGUGGCAAAGAGUCAGGUUGCCGCAAGCUUUGCAGCUGAAGGGGCUAGUAUGAAUGACUUGAAGCAGUGGAAUGACCUUUAUGGGGAAGGUGGUUCAAGGAAGAAAGAGCAAUUAUCUUAUUUCCUAUGA